AUGGAUCAUGGACCGCCUCCACCUCCGCCUCCUGGCAAUUUGUAUGAUUUCUCGACAUUCACUUUGAAUGACUUGCCAAAUGCACAAAACUCUGAGUUUUCCGCCGGAGUGCAACCCAACAACAACGACUUGAUGUCCUUUUUCGAUGAUGGGGACAUGAUGGACACAUUUGGCGGCAUACCCAUGAACAUUGACUCGGGCAUUGGCGCACCGGCCAUGCCCGCAACCCAGCCAAUACCUAGCCAUGGGAGCAGCGACAUUGCCAUGACCAAUACUCCCGAUACUCAAGCUUCGAGCCAGCAGCAACCAAACGAUCCACUAGCUACGACGGCCGAAAAUGUGCCUGGAGCCGGUCCUCUCCCGCCUGGGUCUUUCGCGCAAAUGAGCCUCACCGGCGCCGGCGGUAGUGGCGGUAGUGUGAGCACUGUGACCGACUUCACGAAACGAAGAAAUUGGCCAGCAAAGGUAGUGGAGGAGUUGAGGGACUUUCUGCACAUUCUCGACGCCAACGGACGAAUCAAGUAUGCAUCCAAGAGCGUCCUGGCCCUCACCGGAUAUGCGGCCGGUGAGCUUCAAGAUGUGUUUUUGAAGGAUAUGAUUCAUCCAGACGACCAGGGCGUUUUCGUUGCUGAGCUCAAUGAAUCGAUCGCGUCCGGCAACCCUCUGCGAAUGUUCUACAGAAUCAAAACCAAGGGAGGCACGUACGUCAUGCUUGAGACUAUCGGUCAUGCCCACAUCGCGGCGGCGAGAUUUGCGCCCAACCCCAACAACCAAUCACCAUUUUGCCAAGCCGUCUUCAUGAUGUCGAGAAAAUACCCCACGAAGAAUACUAUUCUCCUCGACUCAUUUUUGGAGCACAAAAUGGAAAACGAGCGAUUGCGGCGGCGCAUUGCGGAGCUGCGGAGAGAAGAAGAAGCCGAAACGGAAGAGUCAAACCGACAAUGGAUGCAGAGUCAAGAGGGCCAAUCUGAUGUGACUCCGUCUGAGACGACGGCCGCAUCCACCCCCUUCCUCCGCCACAACUCAGGGGGCGAUAUGCACGGGGAUGGGUUCAACUCGGCGCUCACAAGAGAGAAUCUUGAAGGUGUCGCGGCGAGCCGAAGCUCGGAUUCCCUGGGGGAUAAGAUGGCCCGCUACGAAGGCAAUACACACGCCGAGACAAUAGAAAUGCUGACCGGAUUGCGGUAUUUGGAAGGCGAGCGUAGUAGGGGUAUUACGACUGGCGGUAGCAGCCCGACACUCAUCAGGGGCGAUGCCGGCAUUGCGAUUCCCAUCGAUCGAGAUGCUAGAGCAGGGGAGAAGAAGAAGAAAUUGAAGACGGCAGAGGAAUACGUCUGCACGGAUUGCGGAACUCUGGACUCGCCCGAAUGGCGAAAGGGACCUAAUGGACCGAAGACACUUUGCAAUGCCUGUGGCUUGCGAUGGGCCAAGAAAGAAAAGAAGCGGCACAGUGUAUCGCAAAAGGGGCCGAUGGUGGACCAAACCAUGGGGUAG